GACUUCGGAGCCUCUUUCUCAAGUUUAUCUUCCCCUUCCUUCUUCUUCUUCUUCUUCUCUUUUUUUUUUUUUUUUUUUUUUUUCCCCACAUCCCAACGUUAUGGAUCGCCAUUAUCAUCAUCCAUCUCAGCUUCAACUGGUGUGUUUCCCAAGGAAGCUCUCCCAACCAAAUCCGGAUACCUUCCAGUCGAUCGGAGCUCCGAGUCCGCCAUUUUUUACGCUUUCUACGAAGCCCAAAAGCCCACUUCACCAUCUCUCUCUCAAACCCCACUUCUCGUUUGGCUCCAGGGAGGCCCAGGUUGUUCGUCCAUGUACGGCAACUUCUUGGAGCUCGGCCCAUGGCGAGUAAAAUUCCAAGAACAACGCCAUGACUCCUUCACUCUCGAGCCCAAUCCCGGCGCUUGGAAUCGGAAGUUCGGAAUCCUCUUCCUCGACAAUCCAAUCGGAGCCGGAUUCAGUAUGGCUUCGAGUCCACAAGAAAUCCCGAGAGACGAGCUUUCGGUAGCCAAACACCUAUUUAUCGCAAUCACGACGUUUUUACAACUAAACCAGUCGCUUAAAUCCCGUCCCCUUUAUAUCGCCGGAGAGAGCUACGCCGGAAAGUAUGUUCCGGCAAUUGGGUACUACAUUCUGAACAAGAACGCCGGACAGUUGACGGAGCACCGGCGAGUAAACUUGGCCGGCAUCGCUAUAGGAAACGGGUUGACCGACCCGGUGAACCAGGUCGCAACUCAUGCUUCAAACGCUUACUUCUCCGGUCUAAUCAAUCAGAGACAAAAAAUCGAAUUGGAAAAGCUACAAUCCGAAGCGAUCGAUUUAGCUAAAUUGGGUCUCUGGAGCCAAGCAACAAACAUAAGGUACGCAGUCAUGGAUUCGCUGCAAAAGAUGACUGGGUUAGCAACAAUGUUCGAUUACACAAAGAAAGUUCCUUACGAAAUCAAUCGGGUUACUCGGUUUCUUCAAAACGAGGUAGUGAAAAGAGCUCUGGGAGUGAAAGAAUCGGUGGGAUUUCACAGAUGCAGCGACGCGGUGAAGAAUGCUCUGCAUGAAGACGUGAUGAAGAGCGUGAAGAACAUGGUGGAGAUGGUGUUGAAGAAGAAGAGCAAAGUUUUAUUGUAUCAGGGUCAGUAUGAUCUGUGGGAUGGAGUGGCUUCGACCGAAGCUUGGGUGAGGACGUUGGGAUGGGAAGAGACUGGGAAUUUUUUAAUGGCGGAGAGGAAGGUUUGGAAGAGAGAUGGAAAGGUUGCUGGGUAUGUGCAGAAAUGGAGGAAUCUGAGUAAUGUUGCGGUUUUCGGUGCUGGACAUCUUGUUCCCGUUGAUCAGCCUUUGAAUUCUCAGGAAAUGAUAGAAAAUUGGGUUUUGGAUCAAGGGUUGUUUGGUGAGAAGGAUUUGUUAUCAAAUCACUGGGGAACAUUUUCCUAGAAACUUUUUGGGAAGGAAUAUAAUGACUUGGAUGCACACAAUUUCGACAAAAAUAUGGGUGUCAUACUAAUUAAUGUGCCAAUCUCGCUUGUGAAAUUUUAAUAAAAAAAUCUUUUCUUAUAUUAAGGAAAGGAUUUGUAAUCGAAUUACUGAAUCAAUGUACUAGAAAAUUUGAUGUGUGUACUUUAAAAUAUUUUCUU